AAAGGUAGAAAUAGCACGUGUGAAGUAAAUUUAUUUAUUAAUCUUUAGAAAACAAAUCAUUAUGAAAAAGAAAGGAAUUCCGAAAGCGAUGGAACAGUCAGGUUACUAUCGAACUUUUUGAUUCAAACUUCUUGUAUUUAAAGAACGUGCUUAAUUUGUGUAAUUUUUCUACUUACUGUUCUUCUUUUUAGAUUCUGAAGAGGAGCUGGACCCAGAAAAACACAAGCAGUCGUUAGAAAAGCUCAAAAAAAUAGAUCCAGAUUUUUAUAACUUUUUAGAAGAAAAUGAUGAAAAUUUACUCAAUUUUGAUGUGGCAUCUGAUGACGAUUCCACCAAAGAUGAAAUUGAAGAGAAUGUUCACAAACCUGGACCUCUCAGAGGUGACAGUGAUGAAAGCGAUUUUGAGGAUGAAGAAAGCAAACCAGUUAAAGGUAAAGUUAAUCUUAAAAUGGUGUUACAAUGGCAAACAGAACUACAAUCUGAAGGUAAAAUCAAAUUAACAACUCUGACUACUGUCAUCAAAGCAUUCAAUGCAGCCAUGUUGAGAGUGACUAGUGAAGAUGGAACUUCUACUGGGGAAUUCAAAGUUGAAGGGUCAUCUGUCUUCAAUGCAGUCAUUCAAAUGUGUGUCCUGUAUUUACCAGCGGCUAUUAACAAAUAUCUUGGUAUGGAAUCAUCAGGGAAGGAUCCCCAAAAGUGCAAGCAUUUUGUAAAAAUAAAAGGACCACUCUUGUCUUAUUUAAAUGAUCUGUUAAAACUGCUUGGUGGAGUAACUUCUGAGAACAUACUAACAGUUCUAUUGAAACAUUUACACCAGAUGUCUGUCUAUGUUUCAUGUUUUGGCAGAAUAUCAAGACAAACAUUAAAAAAAUUGAUCACCUUGUGGAGUACUGGAGAAGAAACAGUGAGAGUUCUAACGUUUCUCUGUAUACUGAGAAUAACAAGGAAUCAACAAGCUACCCUCCUUGAUAUAGUACUGAAAGCAAUGUAUAUGACUUAUGUCAAAAACUGUAAAUUUGUAAGUCCAUCUACUUGGCCUGGAAUUAACUUCAUGAGAAGAUCACUUGUAGAAAUGUUCUCACUAGACCUGAAUGUCUCAUACCAACAUGUAUUUUUGUAUAUUAGACAGCUGGCUAUACAUUUGAGAAAUGCUAUAGUGGUGCAGAAAGUGGAAAACAGACAAGCUGUAUAUAAUUGGCAAUUUAUUAAUUCACUUCACCUAUGGGCUGAUUUGUUAUCAGUGACAUCAAAUAAACCUCAGUUGCAGCCGUUGAUAUACCCUCUGGUGAUGGUCAUAACUAACACUAUAAAGUUGGUGCCGACUCAUCAGUAUUAUCCUUUGAGGUUCCACUGUGUGGAGAUCUUAAUUAAUUUAUCCAAGGAGUCCAACACCUUCAUACCGAUUUUGCCGUUCCUUGUGGAGGUAUUGACGUCGUAUGAUUUCAAUAAGAAACACAAGAAAGUUUCAAUGAAACCUUUGGAUUUUUCAUGUAUUCUCAGACUAGCCAAGUCCCAACUUGCAGAAAAUGGAUUCAAAGACAGUGUGAUUGAGCGUGUCUAUGCUCUACUACUUGAGUACACUGCAAAUGAGUCUCACACUAUUGCGUUUCCUGACAUCACACUUAUCGCUAUAGUACAGAUAAAAAAAUUUAUAAAAACUUGUUCUGUAACGAACUACACGAAAAAAAUGCGACAACUACUAGAGAAAAUUGAAGAAAACUCAAAAUUCAUUGAGCAAGAAAGAGGCAAGAUUACGUUUGCUUUAAAUGAUGAUAAAAUGAUAACCGCUUGGGAGACGAGUAUAAGAACAAAGGGCACACCAUUGUCAACAUUCUUUGAAAAUUGGAACAAGAUAAAUAAAAUACAAAAACGGAAAAAGAUAACAAAGAAUGAUGAAUUAGCAGGAGAGUUACCAAUGAUAAAGAGACGCAAAAUAUCUGAAGAAGUAUUAAACAAACCCACAAAAGAAAACAAAGGUCCUUUAGUUUUGUUCCCAUCAGAUAGUGAAGAUGAGGACAAUAAUUUCAAAGUAGAAGAUGAAGCUAAAGUAGCCAAAGUAAAGAAACAGAAGAAAAAGAAAGAGCUCAAGAAAAAGAAAAGUAAAAAGACAAAUAAUGAAAGUGAAGAUGACACUAUUGAAAAUCAAGAUGAUAUUGUUCAGGACUUAAGUGUAAAUGAUUGGUAAGAAAUAUUAUCAUGUUAAAGCAAAAUU